AACCGCGCGUCGGAUCGCGGACCAUUUCAGUCGAAUUUCGCUUUUCUUAACAGAAAGAAAGGACAUCAGACAACUCUCAUCUACAACACGCGAAUGGGUCUACUCAAUCCAAUAAUCAUCAAGCAGCAUAGAAUGAAAAAUAAUUCGAAAAAACUAUCAGAAAAAAUUCAAAUUAGAUCCGUUCAAAUUUGGCGCCUUUUCGUUGAUCCCGCCCAUUCAUCGGAUCUGUUUUAACACCGGUGUGCAGUGCGAACUUCAUUUCCGUUGCCGAAUAGAACGAGACGGGAGCAGUGUAAACAACACGCGUGUGGCCGAGUGGAAUUUUCGCCGGAAAUAUAUUCCGGAUUUUUAAACGUUUUUAUAAUUAAAUACGCCGGAAAAUAAGAAUUAAUAGAAAAAAACAUGAUAAGUACGGUGGAGAGUGGCGAAAACGCGGCUGUUUUCGCUGUGGUGCUUUUAACCGUGUUCGUUGGACUCUGUGUUAUUUUAUUUGUUAAGUGGAUAAGACAGGAGCAGAACCAACAGGGCAACACAAAAAAUGAAAAGUCCGAAAAAUCAAAAGGCUCCUCAACUGACGCUUCUGGUAAGCACGGUAAGAAAGAGCAGGCCAAUGCGGUGAAGGCUUCAUCAAAGAAGAGGCUAACUGACAGAAUGCGUACCGCAAGGACAAACGAAAAAGAGUUUAGACAUCCCUGGCUACUUACAACAUUCAAAGGACAUGCGGGAAUCGUUUUAGAUAUGGACUUCUCUCCUAACGGGAAAUAUCUCGUUUCAUGCGGAGACGAAGAUCCAGACUCGGAAGCACGAUUCAUUACGGCAACGUCCUGCGGUGAUCUUUCCAACUCUUCGGAGAGCAGCGGUAAAAGUAGUCCCGCCCCCAGUUCAAGUCCGGUUAUGGAAAAGGGCCUGAGCAGGAGACAGAGAAAGAAUCGGAAACGGGAAGGAAAUUCCUCCCCGAAACCGAAAGAACCUGCUCAGGAACCGGAAACGCAAAAAACCAGCAAAAAAACUAAAAAAGAAAAGUCAGUGCCAAAUAGUGCGCGCCAAACCGUAAAGAAGGGCGUUGAGCAAAUCGUGUGGGAACCCCUCGACGAAUUGCAACGAAUGAAUGUGUCUGAGGGGACAUUCGUUCGAAUCCUUAAGGAGAAGUAUACCCUAAGCAUCGAGGCUAUGGCCACUUUAGGAUAUCCUCUGCGCCCGGAAGUACAUGCUACACGUAGGGAAACCGAAUUUCAUCAUCAUCACCAUUAUUACAAAAAUCACAGACUAGACGUGCACGCCGUUGAAUUUGUCCCCAAAAAUGAAAGUGGUGAUAGUGGAAACGGCGGCACAAGCAGCAGCAGCGAGGAAGACACCAGUAGCAUAAGCGAUGGUUCCGAAGAGUCUACUUCCGCUGCGCCUCCAAAAUUGGCCCCGGGUACCACUAAAUGGAAGGAUGCACGUACGCACGUUUGCGUAAGAUGCGGCAGCUUUUUCAGAACUACGUCCAAGGUCUACAUUACAAUAGACACGUGCUUUUACCAUCCCGGGAAAAUCGAGACUGUUAAUGGGGCCUACGGACCGAUGGUGCACAGCUGCUGCAAGAAACCCAACGGGACAACUGGAUGCGAGAGUGCUCCGUUACACGUCUGGGCUGGUCCGAAAGAACCACUUGUAAACUCUUCGUACAUCGAAACAGAACCACCGAAAUUUAAGAAGGCUGACGACAACUAUGGAGUCUACAGUUUGGAUUGCGAAAUGUCCUAUACCGUAACCGGAUUGGAAGUGGUCAAAGUGACAAUGGUGGAUAUUAAAGGCAGACCCGUAUACAACGAGUUUGUGCAGCCUAAUAAUAAGAUUGUCGAUUUUAACACAAGAUACAGCGGCAUCACAGCAGAAGAUUUCGUCAGAUAUUCACCGAAACCAUUGGCGCAAGUACAACGCGAACUUCUCAAGUUCAUAACUUCCGAAACGGUUUUGAUCGGUCACGGCUUGGAGAACGACUUGAAAGGACUUAAGAUAAUCCAUAGGACGAUAGUGGACACCGCUUUCACCUUCCCACACUACAAGGGACUACCAUUUAAAAGGUCUUUGCGAAGUCUUGCGCAAUAUUGCCUCAACAAAAAAAUUCAAUGCAGUUCGAGCGGCCACGAUUCGUACGAGGACGCUAGGACGUGCAUAGAAUUGAUAUUGCGCAGGCUCCGGGGUGAUUUUCAACUUGGAUCUUUUGGAUAAGUAGGCCGAAAGUGAAAGUCUAAAGAAGGUGUUAACGGUGCACCUACAUAUCUAGGAUUAUCUUUCGAGCCAAAUAGGCCCGUUUUUUUUUCGUUCAAAUGCAAAUUCAACAUGCACACUAUGUGCAUUUGAAGACUGAUUUAUGCUAAAUUUUUUUUUUGGGUGCAUGGAGUCGCGGUUAUAUUGAGACACGUGUAAGUAGUAUUUUAAUUGUAUGACAAAUUAUGUAUUAUAGGCUGGAAGGUUCUUAAUUUGAGACGAACUAACCUUUAAAAUUAUGUAUUGAUAUAUACAGGGUGGCCAAAGUAAUAAAGCGUUUAAAGGGAUUUUGAUUUCUCAGAACGAUUUUGACCUUCCAGCCUUUUAGGUUAUAAGGGACGUAAUGAGUGAUAAACUAACGAAGUGAAUGUAUCUACAUGGUGAAAAUGAAACUUAAUUAAUUAUAGUUUUUUUAAACAAACAAAAACAAAAAAUACCGGUUGUGAUUCAUGAUAAUUUUGUGUUCUGGGUUUUAGAGGUUGGAAUUUGAAUUUAUUGUAAAUACUUGACAUGUCAUGAGUUAAAUAGUGAACAUUUCACACUUAUCUCUCCUCGCAUAGAUACGAUAUUCACACAAUAAUUUCAAGCACAUUACUCCGAUUUUUUUUCUGUAUAAAUUAUCGCUAUUUCCUGACAUUCUGUACUUAAUUAUAUUUAGAAAUUGUGGGAAUAAUUCUCAGCGGUUCUAUUGUUAUGUUUAAAUGCCAGACGGAUAGUUUUCGGGUAAUAAGUAAUUUUUUUUGCUAAUCUGUAAUUUUUUUUAAACUCAACAUUUUUGGGAAAUUGAUAUAUUCUAAAAUAACUGAUGCAGCUCGAAAUUUUUGGGACAUGUUUAAACAAGUGGGUAAUUUUUCUAAAAUAUAAAAAAUCAUAGUUUUUAA